AUGGCCAACGGCGCCACUGAGCCGCCGCCGGUAAGCGGCGUCGUCAAGUGCACGUGUUUCCGCCUUCCCAGCCGCACCAGCAAGAAGCCUCUGCCGCCGCCCCCGCCGCCGAAGCUCAGCAGCGCCAGCCGCAGGAGCGCAGUGGCUCCGGACGUGUCGGCGUCCCAGUCCCAGCGGGUCACCUUCCGUGCGUCGGCGCCCCUCUCCACGAGGUGGCCGUCGUCACCGUCAGCCGCCUCUGCCAGUGCCCCCGCCACCCCAGCUCCUGCUGGCAGCGGCGGGAGCGUCGUCGCGACGAGGAGGGCGUCGGCGUCGUCGGCGGUGGCACCGACGACGAUGAAAGCCGGCGCCGCGAGCACGUCGUCCUCGCCCUUCUCGCACUGGCGCUGCCGGUCGCUGUCGUUGUCCCGGGUCAUGCCGCACGGCGAGCGCGCGUCCUUCUCUUUCGCCGUGUCGCCGGCGUCCGCGUCGUCCAGCUGCAUGAGCACGCCAAGGAUACAGCAAGGGUGGCAGCAGAAGUAG